UUCUGGUUCCCAGAGUGAGAUUUUCUCGGCACCCAUGGCUUCCUGUCUCACCGACGCGACACGAGAACUGUCGUGCCGAGACGGUCAAGCAGCGACGCGGCUCAAGCUUAUAUCUAUGGUUGUAAUCUUCCUCACCAGCGUCAUCGGCAUCUCUUCACCGGUCCUGCUUGCUCGUCUCUUCCAAGGCAAACCCAUCUACGAGAAGGCACUUCUGGUGAUUAAAUGUUUCGCCGCCGGCGUAAUUUUAUCUACCUCCCUCGUCCACGUCCUCCCCGAUGCCUUCGCUGCCCUCUCCGAUUGCCAAUUAGCUACCCAUCAUCCCUGGAAGGACUUCCCUUUCUCCGGCCUCGUCACCUUGAUCGGAGCUCUGCUAGCGCUGCUUGUCGACGUCACUGCCACAUCUCACGUCCAUGGGAACAAACCGAGUCAUUACACGCCGAUUGGAACACAGGAAGAGCCUUCUUCGAUUGAUUCUUCUUUGGGGAAGAAGAAGAAAGUAGAACCCCAAAUCGAACUCGGGGUGGUGAUGCCGGCGAGUUGCCAUGAUGGUGGUGGUAAGGAUCAGGAGGAAUUGGCGAAACUGAAGCAGAGAUUAGUGUCGCAGGUGCUGGAGAUUGGGAUUAUAUUUCACUCUGUGAUUAUUGGGGUCACCAUGGGGAUGUCUCAGAAUCAGUGCAUCAUCAGACCUCUUGUUGCUGCACUGGCGUUCCACCAGAUCUUCGAGGGGAUGGGCCUCGGUGGCUGCAUUGCUCAGGCAGGUUUUGGUGUGGGCACAACUUCUUAUAUGUGCUUCAUGUUUUCAGUGACAACUCCAAUGGGGAUAGUUCUGGGAAUGGUAAUAUUAUCUGUGACCGGUUACAGUGACAAUAGUCCCAGCGCCCUAAUACUAGAAGGUUUACUGGGUUCCCUCUCUGCUGGUGUCUUGAUAUACAUGGCUCUUGUUGAUCUCAUAGCAGCUGAUUUCUUCCAUAACAAGAUGAUGAGUUCAGAACCAUGGCUAACAAAAGCUUGUUACAUUGCUCUUGUCCUAGGAUCUGCUUCCAUGUCUGUCUUAGCUGUUUGGGCUUGAAUAUUUUUUCUGUACAUAAUUGUGAUUCUAGUACUUUUUACACAUAGAUGUGAAACAAAUUAAGCUUA